AAAGUUCAAAUACCGUCCAAAUCGCCCGUUAUUUGUUUUGGGCUUUUUUUCCCCUUUUUCCUUUGGUACACGAAAUCGGAACUCGGAAAACGAGUCUUUAUUCGUUUUUGGAACGAAUUUUGUCAAAACAAGUCCUUUUGUAUUUUUUAUUUUCCGUUUUUUUUUUUGAAGAACGAACAAACACGGAUGAUUGAUCCGCGGAUUCAUAAAGUGUUCUAGUUUCCAGUGCGUGCUAACUAAUUACAUUAGGUAAAGUAAAGGCGAUGUGUCCUCAAUCAGAUUGCAGCAUUACAGUGCUUGCAUUUAGGUCUGCGGGGUCCAGUGAAGAGCACUUUUGUCAGAUUAGUCUUGUCAAGUAAUUGGAGUCACAAGGCCGUCGAGAGUCGAGAGGCAGCCAGGCUGGUAGGGUGAUUUUUCUCAUCAUGAUCUGAGCUGAUUGUGUUGUAGAAAUAUACGUGUUAUUUAGCAAAUAUGGAGAGCUGGAAAUGUUUGCUGUUGUUGUGCACACUUUGCUCGGUGCCGUCCACUGGAGAAGCAACAAAAAAUAAUGAGGAGAUCGACCUUGUCAGCUUCCUGAGAGGAAUCGACGCCGGACUCUUGGUGAGGGAUGACCCAUUCAUUCUCAACACAGACUUUGGGAUAAAUUCCCUCGCUUGGGAAAAGCCGGAGGCCCUCUCGGUCACAAAAGAAAAAGAAGACAAACCAGUGAAGAAGGAAAACGAUGGGACUCCUGGACCUGUGGUGUUGACCAAAAACGGGCGAGUCAAGGGGCUAACAGCAGAUAAAGCCCAGAUAUUUUAUGGGAUACCAUAUUCAGACCCCCCGGUUGGGGCUUACCGCUGGAAGCCACCCAGACCUGUGAGUCCUUGGAAGGGGGUUUAUGAUGCCACCUUCCCCAGGUUCCCGUGCGUGCAGGAGUGCAGAGGACCAAUUGCUGCCGAAUGUCCAAGAAAUGUCAGCGAGGACUGUCUCUAUCUUAACAUCUUCGUCCCCCGGAACGUGAACUUCAGCUCGCCGCCGAGCAGUCCGCUGCCCGUGAUGGUGUGGAUCCACGGUGGGGAUUUCAUCGCUGGUUCGGCUUCCAAGCCGCUCUACGACGGCCGCUUCAUGAGCAACUUCACCCAAACGAUCGUUGUCGCACUGGAGUACAGAUUAGGUGCGUUUGGGUUCCUGGUGUCUGGCAAAGACCCCAAGACGUCCGCCGUGGGAAAUUACGGCGUUUUGGAUCAGCAGGCGGCACUUAUUUGGGUCCAGCAGAACAUUGCGAUGUUUGGAGGUGACUCCAACAAGGUGACGAUAUUCGGAGAGAGCGCCGGGGCUCAAUCCGUGAGUCUUCACCUGAUGAUCCAAAGCAGCAAGGCUCUGUUCAAACAGGCCAUUCUGCAGAGCUUGCCUUUCUCCAUCCCUCUCAAGACCAGACGCGAUGCCGUGACGAUCGGAAAGGAGUUUGCAAAACUGAGCAACUGUUCCGUCGGCGACAUCGUCUGCCUGCUGUCGCUCACGCCGCAGGCCGUCCUGGAAGCGCAGAUGAAAACAAGUUCCAGGGUGGUGAACCCGUUGAGGUUUAUGGAGGCGUUCGAGACUUGGGGCCCCUUUAUCGACGGCGAGCUCAUCAAGGAGCAGCCGGUCAUCGCUUUCCAGAAAGGCCACUGGCACAAGGGGAAACCGGUGCUGCUGGGUACGACGUCAGAGGAAGGCGUACUUUUUGUGUACGCUUUCUUCAACAAGCCCGUGUCGACGGCGGAGUCGUUCAUGUACGUCACGGCCAUCUUCAAACAACACAGCCUACGGAUACUGCACAAGUAUCUACCUCUCAACAGCGACCCUGAUCGGAGAGUCAUGCUGGCUCAGAUGUUGACAGACUACGCCUUCCUGUGCCCAACGCGGAGGUCGUCGCAUGCCGGCGCAAAAGCAGGAAGCAGAGUGUGGUUGUACGUAUUUGACCACGUGACAUCGGACACCAGCGUCUGGUCCGGUCUGACCUUCUGCUACCGGCACGUCUGCCACGGCGCCGAAUUGCCGUUCGUCUUCAACUCGGGCACGGUGGCCAACUUCACCAUGACGCCGGCCGAGAAGCUGCUGUCCAAUCGGAUGCUGUGUUACUGGGGCGCCUUCGCCCACACGGGCGACCCGUCCUCACGGGUCGGUCAGACGACCUUCUGCCAGGAGCAACGUCUGCCCGUGUGGCCUCGCUAUUCUGACACCAGCGGAUGGCUGGCCAUGAACCUGACGGUGCGCUCGCAUGCCGAAAUGGGGCCCAGGAGCCAUGUGUGUGACUUCUGGGACCAUCUGGGUGUCUACUAGGGUUGCGAAAAGUUGGAAAGUUUCAGAGUGAGAAACUGUCGAUGGGAAUUGAUGGGAAUAAACUGGAUAAACCAAAAAUGUACAAAACUGAAGCUUGGCUAAAUCGAGAAUAUGAAUAUACCGUAUUUUCCGGAUUAUAAAUCGCACUGGAGUAUAAAUCGCAUUUUUGGGGGCAAUUUUUGUGAUGAAAUCCAAAACGAAGAACACACAUGUCAUCUGGAAAGGCCAUUUAAAAUUAAAACAAAAUAAGCGGACGAUAUGCUAACAUUACAUGGCGCAUAAACAACGAACUGAGAAUGUGCCUAGUUUCUUCACGUAACAUAUUAAGAGUUAUUCCGAUAACUAGAGCAUAAAGAUCAUCAUCAGUGUCACUCCAAAUGACUAAAUCCGAUGAAGUCUUCAUCCUCUGUGUCACUUUCAAACAACUCCGCCAACUCCGGAGGUAGAAGAUGCGGCGCGUCUUUUUCUACGUUACUUAUAAACACGGGCCUAGAGCGCCCUCGUGUGGUUUAAUGUGAAAAUAACAUAUCAAAUGACAUAACGCGUUAAUAAUUUCACACAUAAAGCGCUCCAGAGUGUAAAUCACACCCACAGCCAAACUACGAAAAAAAAACCCCUGCGAUUUAUAAUCCGGAAAAUACGGUAGUUGGGGAAAGUAUAAUUAUUAUUAUUAAUAAUUAUUAUUAAAUAAAUAUUUAUUUUCAUGCUGACAUGUAAUACUUUUGUACAGCAUCCUUCUCAAUUUCCAGUCAAUUCCCAUGAAAAGUUUCCGUUUUGGAAUAUUUCCCAAAUUCCGAAUUUUAGAACCCCAUGGAAAUGUAAUUUUCCAUAACUUUGCAAUCCUAGCAAUCACAAGUAGGAAAAUGAUAUCAUUUUUCACCAAUCAGGACAUUAAAGGGCCUGUCAAUCAAUUUUUAUUGGUUUUAUUUUUUAGCUUUUAAGCAAUUAUACCAACAAAAAAAAAAAGAAAAACUAUCAUAAAGCAUUUGAUUCCGCUCUUAUUUUCCACUGAGUGCAAUGAAAAUGUUAUUGAGGUGACAAAAAAGAAAAUAAAAU